ACACCUAAAAAAAAAAUGCGACUUUUUGAUGUAUUUCUAACCAGCAAGAUCCGGACAAAUUGACUUUAAAAUGCUUGGAUUCUACUCCUGUGUGAGCAUUCACUAAGUGAGGGCCCUAGACUCCAUUGAAUGUAACCGUAGAUCGCAGCCAAGACAAGAAAUCGGUGGUAUUUGACUUGGAAUCAAAUCGAAGUUGUGCAAACUUUGCAAGCUGCAUGUUAAUAAUUGAAUUUCUACGGCAAAAAGCGCUUCCGUUGAGCUCAUUUAUUGCCCUUGCUGUACUAAGGUUCGACAGAAGAAAGCUAUGCUAUAGAUUAUAAGACAGACAACAAACCUGAGACACUGAAAACAUCAGAUCGCGAGGGUGCGAAAAAGAACCCGAAGUUACAUCCAAGAAUAAGAAAUCAAAAGGCAUAACAUGGUGAAAAAAGGGAAGAAGAAAUCAUAUAACGUCGAAGAUGCAGAAAAAGAGUCUGACAUUCCUAAGAAGGGUAAAGGAAAGGUGAAGAAAUUAGCGAGUUUAGACGGCGAAGGGGCUUCUACCGGCGCUUCUAAUCAUGGCUCGGAAGAGAAGACUAUUGGACUCGGACACGAAGAAGAACAAAACAUCGUUAAAGAUCCUGAAACUAGUGAUUCUGUUAAUCCAGAGAAUGUUAUUGAGGUCCUGGAUGCCGAAAUCGGAGAGAAACCUGAGGAAAACAUGUCUAGAGAGGGAACCAAGGAGAAAAUAGGGAGCAAGCGAAAGGUUCGCCGCAAAAGUAAGAAAGAUUCCGUAAAGGAGAAUGUGCAAACGGGAGACAGUUUACCGGAAGAACCAGAGGAAGCAGAUGGGAAGGAAGCUAGGAGAAGGCCUACAUUGACUGAAUUGAGAGCUGGAAGCAUAGAGGAAGGGGAUAAAGAUGGACCAGAAACUCUCCUAGAAGAAGAGGGUUUGGCUGCUGUUGAGGAUGCCAAGGCAGCAGAUCAACCUGCCGAACAACGUGCUGAUGAAACGGACACUAAAGAGACUAAAGUAGAUGUUGGUCUAGAGCGUAAGAUCUCUCGUGACCGACUCACAUCAAUUAAAGUCCCCACCACUGAUGCCAAAGAUCAGGUUUCUGUGCCCUUACCUGUAGAGGAAGAAAAAGGUGGAGAACUGGAGGAAGUUGAGGUGCAGAAAGAUGCCAAAGCCUCUGAAGAAGAAACUGCUGUUGUUGAUGUAGAGGGUGUUGAAGAGGAUAAAGUUGAGGGUGUUGCAAAGGUUCAAGAUGAGGUCGAAGAGCAGAAAGAAGUCAAAGCCUCUGAAGAAGAAACUGCUGUUGUUGAUGUAGAGGGUGUUGAAGAAGAUAAAGUUGAGGGUGUUGAAAAGGUUCAAGAUGAGGUCGAAGAGCAAAAAGAAGAAGUCAAAGCCACUGAAAAAGAAAUGGCUGUUGUUGACGUUGAGGGUGCCUCGGAAGAUAAAGUUGAGGGUGAUGUUGUGGCGCAAGAUAAGCAGGAUGACUUACCAGCUGAGGUUGCCGUUGAGUUGCCCCAGGAGGGUGAGGAUGCAGCUGAUGGUAAAGUGGAGGAAUCUAAUGUUACCAAGGAUGAAGAUGUUGCAAAACCUGAAGCUUUUGUAGAGUAUGAAGUAGACGAUGAGCUGCCAUGGGCCAUGUACAGAUCUCUUGAUCCACCUCAGGGAAAGACCCCCAUUGAGGAGGAUGAUGACUGGCCAAAAUCUGAUGAGGAAGAGGAUUACGAUGCACCAGAAAACCCUGAUCUCUCAGACAUUGAUGAAGUCAUGGGAAAGCUUGAUGGUGGUGAAACAGAACUAGAAACUACUUCCCCACCACCUCCUGUUAUUAAACCAGAGGAGAAAGAACCACAGACCAGGAGGAUCCAGGAAUUGAAGCAGGGUCUUGCAGAAGAACCAAUCUUGGAGUACAUAGAGGAGUUUGAGAAGAAAAUGCAAGAGGAAAUUGUGAUGAUUGGGCAGAUAUCGCUUGAAGAGAUUCAGGAUGAGGAACGUCACUUGCGCGAUGAGCACAUCGCCUUCCAGCAACAACAGGCUAAGGUACAGAGACAACGUCUUGAGGAGAUCAUGGAGCGCAUGGAGGAAGCCAAGAAAACUGUCAUGCAUAAGCUGAAAGAGCGUCGCAAGCAACUGCAGAGUAGAGAGGAGCAUAUUAUGCAGCAGGAUCGACUUAUUCAGAACAGAAUUCACCGAGCAUUCAGACGUGCUGAGGGGCAGCUGUUGAAAGCACUGAAAGCUCGCAAAGGAGAAGUCAAGACGAUGUAUGGUGACCUAAUGCUUGCCGACGGGCAAUAUGGAGGCAGCAAAGGGCGUCGCUGGAAAGUUGAUUGGAACAGAACACCCCAACCCAUCCAGAUUAAGCUGAAGUGCCUUAGGGGUGUCAAGGACAAGCUGCCAGCUGGUCGAUAUGUGCUGAUGGUUUCUCUCUAUGACCGCCUUGGUGGCCAUGUUCUUAAGUGGUCCAGCCUGAAGGGACAGCAGUGGGGCGGGGCCACCCUUCCCCUACACCAUGACGGCGACUUCUUCAACAUUGAAAUCAAGAUCGACCAAAGUGUAUUUACAGUGUGUCCAGCAAAACCUGAUGUGCGUCCAGGGAUGAUCCUGGUGUUUGAACUGUUUGUUCUCCGUGGUAGCAUCACGGCAACAGAUAGGGUGGUCGGAUGGGGCUGCUUUCCAAUCUGUGACGGAGAAUUCAACAUAGUGGAGGGAAAGUACAAAGCACCAUUUUUGCGUGGCGACAUGGAUCCUAGUAUUGACAAACACGAGCGCAUUGAAGAGUUACUGGCACAAGACCUGGAAAACUGGCUCUGCAACAUGUACUUUGAGGUGGUGAAACUGCCAAGGUACAUGGCUGGCCAGAAGGAAUAUGAGGUGGAGCUGCAGUUCUCGUCAGGUUUGGUUGGUUAUCCUGCUCGCACCAACACAGGGGAGGAGUUCAUAGACGGCGAGGAACCCAUCUACGGGUCACGGGCUGACCUGAAGAGCAUUGCAUCGCCUAACAGCAGCAGACGGGCUAGCCGGAUUAGUAUGAUGGGCGGUUCUAGUUUCCUUGGGAGCUCCAUGGAUGUGAAGGGCGGAGAGGACAAAGCAAAGGGAUCCACGGUAGACUUCCAGGUUGAGGUUCCGGAUAUGGCCACCAUGGCGAAACGCAAACAGUCCUUAUUUGUCCCUGGCGAUCUCGAUGUUGCCAAACUCCGCCGUUCAUCUGUUAUAUCCCAGUCACAACGGCGCAUGUCAGCUGUGUCCUCCAAUCGGCGCAUGUCACGGCCUAUGACAGUGCACAUGUCACGCAAGGUGAUGGAAGCCGAGGCCUCGAGUGAUGGGUCUGGGACCGACUACUCCGAUGAUGAGGUGUUGAUGUUGAAGAAGGAUGAUGGCUUUAAGCCAGUCAAGGGUCAGCCCGGCAUGUUCUAUAAGAAACACCAUAACAACCCGGUGGAUAUCUACGCCAAGAAGAUGUUCACCCUUCUUCCCAAGACCCCAGUGCUCACAAAACGGAGGAGAAAGAAGAAGCUGACCCAUCUUGAGGAGCUUGACGAACACUCGUUCUCUGUCAAGAAGCCUUGGUCGAACAAGGGGCACAUUCAUCACAGGGGCCGAGAGAAGAUGCAGUAUGUGGGACGUCAGAUGAUGGCCGAGCUGGGCCUGUCACAGUGGCGGUCUCGGGAGUUCUGGGCCAUGAUGCUGAUGAUCGCUAUCACGUGGUGGAUACGGCUGUACGCACACUAUGGCGGUCAGUGGUUGUACCUCACAGCGCUAAGGAUACCCAUCAACAAGUUUGAGUUCUUGCCUUACUCUGUCAACCUGAACUACCAGAACACUCUACUGCACACAGAAGAGGAGAUAGCGCUCGUCAUAAUGGGACCCUUCUCCAAUAUUAUCAUCUUCUGUAUACAGAUUAUCACGGCAUGGGCGAUCCAGAGCCUGUUCGGGAUCUUCCCAAACAUCUUUUCCCGGUUCAUCAUGGCGUUUGGCAUCAACACUUUGAUAGACCCUUUCUGGAUCGUCAUAGUGGACGCAGCCCUCUUGAGGUACCUGAAUAUCGGAGGGGAUGUCCCCAUAGGCGAUGCGUUCAAGCUCUACUGGCAUUUUGACCGCUACGAGAAAAAUGGCGCCGUCGGCAUCGUCCUCACCCUCUUCUUAUACAUCGUCACUCUCUUCACCUCAUCCACAAUCCUUUACAUGUACUUCCUACGUCUCCAUAACAACGGGCGCUUGAUGGACGUCUAUCACCGUCUCCAUGCCGACGAGGACAACUUCCUGAUUCCGUACGACUUGGAGGUGUCCAACGAGGAGUUGAACUUCAUCUGCAAGAAGGCGGAGCAGUGGAGGGGGGAGGAGGGGGAGCGGAGGAAGACGGCGGUGUAUGACUACAUAUGGGAGGAGGAACAGGUGGACGAGUCAGAGAUGGCUGGCGCCAAUCACAAGAAGACCGGACACCGUGAGAUCACCACCCACGUGUCCAUCCACACUCUCCACCUUGAUGGGCUUAGAGAGCUGUACAGACACUUCCUCAGGCUGCCGGACGGCGCUAUCGUGGAGGUAUUCAACGAGAUGGGUCUAGCGGGUAUGGACGAAGGGGUCAAACAAGCCCUGAUCAAAGGAACAAGCUACCAGGGGAUGGAUAAUACUGCUGCCUCACGGACGAGCCUGCGAUCACGCAUGCGCUCUCCAUCAAUGACAAGUGAUACUUCGUUCACUCGUCCCUCUGUCAUGCUAAAAGUUCCUAAGACCGCUAUGGCGCCACUACCGGUUUAAUUGUGCGUUACACAAGUAGAAAGGACAGUUAAUUAACUUAACUUAUUACGGGCCCUGUCGGGGGAAGGGGUGGGGGGAGCGAUUGUCCGUAUUGCAUUGCUCGUCUUUUGGCUGGAGAGGUUUUAAUGAACGGUUGUCCCAUUGUAAAUAAUGUAGAUAUGAAUCUUUGUUAAAUCAUACUUGCUGUUCAAGUCAGAACGGCUAAUGCAUAACAGUGGUGUAGUAAAAUAUAAAAACUCUACACCCUAAAGCCAUAAACAUAUCUCGAAGAGGCAGCAUCGUAAGAUGAAAAUCUUUUUUUAAUAGACUUCUCCUUUUACGCUUUUUUUUAACAGUUUAUCUAGUUGGUUUCCUUUUUCCAGUUUUAUUCCUGGCGCACGAUUUCUUAUUUUUACUUUUAUUAAGAUGGACUGACAUGACGG